UAUACUGUAAGCAGUGCUUCCAGAGUAUGGGCCAGGUGUGUGCAGUUUGCAUGGGACCCCUGACCUUUCAGGAGGACUGUGAGGAAGAGCUAGACUCCAGUGAUGAUGAGCAGCUGGGCCUGUGGACCGCCGCCCUAACUUCCCCCCACAUCACCCACAGGGGCACCAGGAGACUGAUGAAGAGAAGGAUCUCCAUGGCAACCCGGCGGCGGCCCUCAGAGAGCAGGGUGCAGCGUGGAGCCUACAGCAGUAUAGGGCUGGUGGAAGGAGACAGUGGGGACAGUAGUGGUCAUAUCAGUCCACCCAGUGACUCUGAACACAGUGAGCCAGAUAUGACUUACCAAGACUACUCAGAACAGGACCACCCUGAGCCUAGUGACGAUGACUAUAACCACAACCCCAACCCAACAUUGUCCCUCUCGGCCAUCUGUGUGAGCYGGGGGCUGGAGACCCAAGGGUGCGAGAGUGACACUUCAGACAGUGACGCCUCGUUUCACUCUGUCACCUCUGGCCGGAUUGACCACUCUCAGUGUGGAUCCCUGAGAACGGUCACAGUCCACAGCCUUGACCACAACCGCAACUUUCUCAGGGAUGACCACCUUAACCAACCAGCUCCACUGACAUUCAGAAGGAACUAAUUGGGCUCAGCUCAGAACACUGCAGUCUGUGACAAAGAGGCUACAGAUGCUAAUAGGGAUGAGCAAAUUACUUUCUAAAUGAUUUCAAUUUCAUUUAGUAUUAAAAUAAAAAAUGUCCAUGUUAUCAAAGCAUUAGCCCAUUUAUUUUCCAUAUGUAAGUGCGAUUAAAAAUAGGGGAACUUCAUAGUGAACUAGUAGAUGCAUUUGAAGUGUUCUCCAAAUCUAGAAUGUAAAUGAGCUUUGGUUUUGGUUAAAUUCCCACCAUUUAUGCUUUAGUGCCAGUGGAAUGCACUGCAUGAAUCACCUGCACUCCAGCGCUUCAUUUAUAAUCAAACUGAUGAUAACCUUAGAUGCUAUAGGGUCAAUGACCUUAAAUAGUUUUUUUGAAGGAUGAAUAGUACAAGCUGAUGUCAUGGAUUGUGGAUUGACCAUUUUAGGACCAUUUUAAGAGAAUAAAUACAUUAUUUAAGAUUUACAUUUUAUAAUGUUAGUCAAAGACUGUUUUGUGAUAUUCAUAUUUGUAUGUCUCUGUGGAAAGUUGGAAACAGAUAAGGACACUAUGACUUUGUAAAUGGAGUUGUAAACGC